CGCCGUGUGCUCCCCGCCGGGCCCCACGGCCGCCGGGCUAACGCGCGGCCCUUCUUCUUUCAGGUGCUGCUGCUGAGAGACGGGAGAGCAUGGGGCCGGCAGACCUAGCGCAGAAGAUCAGUGUUAGCGCUGAGAGCCCCCGCGGCAGCGAGAGGAACGACUCCGGCUCCGCGCUGGCGGGCGCUGAGAGGGCACCCCCCGGCAGCUGGAGACAGAAGUGUGCGGCCUACGUGCUAGCUCUCCGACCGUGGAGCUUUAGUGCCUCGCUCACCCCUGUGGCUCUCGGCAGCGCUCUGGCGUACCGGGCUGAGGGAGCGCUAGACCCUGGGCUGUUGGUGGGCAGCGCCGUGACCGUCUUGGCUGUGCAUGGAGCCGGCAACCUGGUGAAUACCUACUACGACUUCUCCAAAGGUAUCGAUCACAAGAAGAGUGAUGACAGGACUUUGGUGGACCAGAUUUUGGAGCCUCAGGACGUAGUCCGGUUUGGAGUGUUCCUUUAUACUGUGGGCUGUAUCUGUGCUGCUGGGCUCUACGCUGUCUCAACGCUCAAACUGGAGCACCUGGCCCUGGUUUACUUCGGGGGACUUUCCAGCUCCUUCCUUUACACUGGAGGAAUUGGAUUUAAAUAUGUUGCACUUGGAGACGUGGUGAUCCUGAUCACCUUUGGGCCCUUGGCUGUCAUGUUUGCCCAUGCUGUGCAAGUUGGUUAUCUGUCUGUCUCACCACUGCUCUACGCUAUCCCACUGGCGCUCAGUACUGAGGCCAUCCUGCACAGCAACAACACACGGGACAUGGAGUCUGACCAGCAGGCGGGUAUUGUCACCCUGGCUAUCCUCAUCGGUCCUGCCUUCUCCUAUGUUCUCUACACCGUGCUGCUCUUCUUGCCCUACCUGAUUUUCUGUGUGCUGGCCACACGCUAUACCAUCAGCAUGGCAUUGCCACUCCUUACCAUCCCGAUGGCGUUUUCACUGGAAAGGCAGUUUCGGAGUCAGAACUUCAACAAAAUCCCUCAGCGGACAGCCAAACUCAAUCUCCUCCUGGGGCUUUUCUAUGUUUUUGGUAUUACGCUAGCACCAGCUGGUGCUCUGCCCAAACUGUAGUAGGAGCUGCAGAGUCAGGCCUCACAAUUCAGUAUUAAUGCUCAUUAGUGGUGGUUGAUGUGGGUAGAUGACCUGUUAUGGACAGUGGGAAGAAUGGAGAGACUUUCUUGAGCUGUUGAUUGUCUGUGAAUUCUAUAAUUGCUAGUCUUGGAUAGCUUGUACAACAGACUUUAAAAGGGGGGCUUAUCAGCUCUUCAGGAGUGAACUGUGCAGCUUUCAGGGGAGCAAAGUGAUGUGAAGACAAGGAAACUUUUAAAGAACUUCAUCCUUCUGCCACUGAGUUAUUUUACUGUUGACUCAAAGAAAGUAAGAUUGAGCCUCCAGUGUAAACUUUGUUCCCUUCACAAGCACAGUGAUUGCUUAUAUGACUCCCUUUCCUUACCAAGGUCAAGGAGUCCAGUGGCUCCUGUGUGGUAAACAGAAAACACUGCCAAAUGCUUAGCGUCACAACAAUGUAGGUGCUAUUACUUCACUCCCUUCUAAGCAUAGUUUAUCUUCAUCUGUUGUAUAGUUUAAUUUUUGUUGUUCUCUUAUUUUUUUUUCUCCUAGCCAAAUUUGGAGCUUUUGCUUCUAAGCCCCUGAAAUGUAGUAGACACUGAUUCAUUAACUCUUGCUUCUGCUUGGUCCUUAUAGUCUAGACAUUUCAAAGUUGCGUAUCUCUGUGGGAUGUUGGUGCUAAAACGGAGCACAAAUAGCCUACUGCACAUACUUCAAGCCAAACCCAGUGAAUUUAUAUUCUGCUACAAAAGCUGAAGCUGUAACUGUAAAUCAGGCACCUGAAAAGCCCCCAAUGCAUAGAAAAACAAGUGGUUUCCAUUUUUGCAUUUGCUUAGAAUUUACUCUCUGAAAUGACAGUCUUGGAGUCAAGGGAGAGUGGACAGAGCAGUAGAUUUCUCUGGAUGUGGGUGAAUGGGUACAGGAAGAGCAAAUUCUUAGUUUCAACAAAAUAAUGAUAUUUUUCAGUUGUCAUUCCCUGUUUGUUUAGAGGCCUGGUGAAACAAUCUUGCUAUAAGAAGCCCCCUUGAGCAAGAAAGAUGCAGGGUUAGAAAAAAGAAAUCGGGAUUGUUGUGUUGGUUCUGCCUAAAAACUGGGACUGGAAACGGGAAGAAAUGAUUUUUGUUAACAAGAUUUUUCCUGAUAGAGUCCAGAGUUUGUGUGACUGAAACACAUUUCAAUGUUAAGCUAGCUCUGAAGUGAAGUUCCCCACCUUUUUUUUUUUUUUUCCCUGUACACCUUAUGGUAGUGUUUUGUUUUCUCCUGCAGAUCUUGCCACUUGAUGUUCAUGUGGCUAUUUGGAGAGCUGAUUGUUUCAGCAGUUAUGUAGCAGUGUGAAAAUCAUGCCAAACACACUGGGAAAGAAGUGUGACUUGCAGUGCAAAGAUGAAUUAAAUCCAUGCCACAUUGCUCAGUGUCAACUGAAUUCCCUGCUGUGUUGAAGAAAAAGUAUUUGUUUCCUGUAUGCAGGGUUUUGGUGAAAAGUUUGUUUGCAGGAGUUGUGGAAAGCUGUAGAGGAAUUGGGUGUUGAACUAAAGCUGCUGGUGCCUGGAUUGCAAACCCGCUUUUGAACCAAGUGGGAGUGUACUAACCAGUAUAUGAAGGGCAUUUAAACAUGAGCAAUAAGCUAGCAUAGGGUUAUCCUGCGUUUGACGUUAAGUUGUGCCCUUGUGUGUUCAUCUGAGUUUUGCAUUAGUGGGUUGUUCUGACAGUAGUAGAGCUGAGUUGAUGGUACAAGGUUACAUGGUACAGCUAUUGAAGUGACUGUUUUCAUGGCUUUAUGUUAUCCAGUGUCACCCAGCUGUUUAUUACUUUACAGCUGUGCUGUGAUCAAGGGGAAAGAUUCUUUCCAGGUGUAUUUUGAACCACAAUUUCAUCUUUUAUUAAAAUUGGGCAAAUGAUCUCUCUGGUCUAACUGGAGAAUCUGACUUCAGCAACUGUGUGCUGCUUUCUACAGCAAAAUAUUUGUUUAGAGAAGUUCAGCACAGCUGGAUGGAGAAGAUCUAUCCAAGUGCUUUUGGAAACUUGUCAAAUCAGAUAUACCCAACACAGUAUCUGCUGUUACUUCUUUGUGAGCCUAUGGAGUAAAGAAGAGCCUGGCUCUGAGACACACUUCAUUUUACUGUAAAGCAAAAGCUUUUCUCUGGGUAUGGACUGGGCUAGUGGUUCUGUUAACCUUGCAAUUGCAGAUAUGUGGAUGUAUUAGGUUAAUCCCAGCAUGGCUUUGUUGCUACCCUUUGUAGCAGCUCUGUGCUUUAUUUCAUGAUAGCUUGGGUUUGUGUAGCUGAAAGACUGAAUAGUUUUGGUUUUUUUUUCUACUCCUUUUACAUAAACUAGAGUACUCAAGCUAAAUCCUUUAAAGGAGCUAAUAUUUGGCUCAUAUCUUUGAUAACAGUAAUUGUAACAGUGGAAAGAUCUAGGAUACAAUCUUUGGUGGAGUAAUGUAUUAACUUCAGUUGUAUCCAGGCUACCCUUUACCAGCAGGGAGUAGCCCACUGCCUAGGAUGUCUGCUUACUGCUGGAGAGGACCAGUGCUUUUUGUUAGAGAUAAAGGAAGAGCUCACUAAUACCUGUAUGUGUUUGUGGAACACUUGUCAAGGUGGGGAUUCAAAGAAUUGUAAUAGUAAGAACAAGGUGAAAAUUCAGCAACUCCUUACUUUCAGAUGCUGGUUGUCUCCAAUUCCCUGUCUGUGAAAAACAGUAUCAUUCCAGGUUCUUAAGGAUAUUAACAGCACAUUCUUCACCAUGGCUUUGAAGAAGUCAUUUAACUUCUGUCUCGGAAAACAGCUAAUUUUUGCUUACCUCACAGGGAUGCUGAGCUGACAUCAUAGAGAGCUUUGAAAGUACGAAGUGCUUUAUCUCUGUGUGUGCUUUUCAAAAAGCAUGUUCAGUACUAGAAAACCUGUUAGGUGUGAACUAACCUAACAGAUGACUUAACCAGUGUAAGUACACCAAAAUAAUCUCCUCAUAGGCAUUGAGUGGCAAGAGAUGUUCUUUUAUAGGUUUGUUUUGUGAUGAGGAGGCUGGGUCUCUUUCUCUGCCCCUCUUCUACCUGUCCCAUGCUGGUUUCCCUCACUAUAAACUUCUUAAACUUCUUUCAGGUCUCUCUUGAUGAGCUGUAUUGCAUUGUGAUGAGUCUACACUGGUAGAUGAACAGAUCUGUAGCCUUUCUGUUAAUGCAUCCUAAAGCACCUCCUGGCCUUUCUUCUUCAAUAAAGUCUCUGAAUGUUAUUCUGUUAAUUAUGCUGUGUUAAUUAUUUUAUAUCACUCCAGCUGUAUUUUUGCACAUAUAUUAAAGCAUCUUCCCAGAAGGAGGACGGUCUUUGUGUGCUGUGUUUAAGUGCGUGGAAGAUCAUACUCUUUUUGUGUUGUCCUGUUUUGAAUUGCACAGUCCUGUCCUUCCAUAUCAUUGGGUAAAAUGUUCAGUAGCAGUGAUCAUCUCAUACUAAUGGCAGAAUUCAGAGUGGUUUCAAUGUUUUCAUCAAUGAGGAGAAUUUUGAGAACAGAAAUGGUGUUCAGCAUUUGUGAGGAGGUUUCAGCUAAACUUUAAAUCUUUUUUAAUAAAGAUGGACUUUCAUCCU